UCUGAAAAUGAAACUAAAAAGGGAUUAGUUGUAGUUAAGUGGCUUGCUGUAUAUAGAGUGGAGUUUAUGUAUGGCAUGUUAUUUGCUGUUUGCCUGAUAAUUCAAUGAUUUUGUAUUUAGAUGCUACUUCUGUAGAACAUCUGUUUACAGGAUUUGAUAUAAAACAACAAAACUGGCCUGGUAUGAAUUUAGGCAGGAACUUCCUCUGAAGAGUUGCACAGUGAACUGAUUGCUGGCUGAUUUGGUGCAAAGAUCCCAGAGAGUGAAGCAGGAAUGUACACAAAACAAGAAGGAGACUGCAGGGAAAAAGAAGCAAUGCAUAAUUUGUGUGCUACAAAUGGAAGAACAGAGCAGUGUUGUGGGGAGCAUAAAGAGAGACUGGAGUUAUUUUGUAAGGAUGAUGAGACCUUUAUCUGUGUCCUGUGUGUUCCCAGACAUUCCAGCCACAGUUUUGUAUUCCUGCACGAGGCAAUCAGUGUGUAUAAGGACAAGAUAAAAACAACUUUAACAUCUCUAGACUCCAAAGUGAAAGAAUUUAAAUACAUGCAAAAGCAUCAUGAGAAGGAAAUUGGAGAUAUAAAAGAAGAUGUUUUUAAUUUGGAGAAAUACAUUAAACAGCAAUUUGCAGAAUUGCACCAGUUUCUCCUAGACAAGGAACAACAACUCAUCCAGCAGCUGAAGAAUGAUGAAGCAAAUACUCUAAAAUGGAUGGAAGGAAAUCUGGAGUGCAUUAAACAAGAGAUCGUUACCUACCUUGUGACAGACUCUGAUGGCAACAUGGAGGACAAGAUUAAAGAAGAGGACAGUCUGAAAAUAAUGGAAGAAAAUGUUAAAUCUGUUGAAAAUUAUGCUAUGGCCAUUAACAGCAUUAGUCACAGUAACUGGGAGAUCAUACAACCGGAACCUGUUGGUUUGCUAACAGUGCCAGAAACCUUUGAAGAUGUCACUGUUACUUUCUCAGAAGAGGAAUGGAAAAUGUUAAGGAAACAAGAUAAGGAGCUAUACAGGGACGUGAUGGAACAGAACUACGAAACCUGUGUUUCUGUUGGAUACAAAAUUCCUCAAAAGAAGUUAUUACAGCUAUUUAAAGCAGAUGAAGUUCCAAAGGAUAUUGUGAAGGGAAUAAAUAUCAGGAAGCAGAAGGAUCAUUUUGAAGAGAACUUCAACAGUAUAAAGAGUACAGACUGCAAUGCGAAUUGCAGUCAACAGCCAACACUUGUGACAUCACAGUUCCAUGACCCUACAAUUAACCUCCAGGAAAGGUAUCAGCCUGCAAAGGACAUUGACAAGGUUUAUCUCACUGAUGUACCACAGGUUCCAUCAGAGUAUCAGUGCCGCCAAACCCCUGAAUGUGACAAUGGAACACCUGCAACACUUCACCUGACGGAGCAUCUACAGCCACGUGCUCAGCCGGUGAAGGUGUAUGAUGAGCUGUCUCUCACUCCUUAUCCAACACUUCACUCAGGACAUGGCUGCAGCAAGAGCUCUGAACUUGGCACAGUUGAGAGAUUUCAUACAAAGAAAAAAACACACAAGUGUGUUGAAUGCAAUAAGUCUUUCACACGUGCCAGUAGCCUGAAACAGCAUCAAGUCAUUCACACAGGAUUGAAACCAUAUAAAUGUACUGAAUGCAAUAAGUGUUUCACAUGGCAAAGCAAUCUUCAACAGCAUUAUGCUAUUCACACAGGAGUGAAGCGAUAUAAAUGUACUGAAUGCAAUAAGUCUUUCACAAAGCUAAGCAAUCUUCAACAGCAUUAUGCCAUUCACACAGGAGUGAAGCGAUAUAAAUGUACUGAAUGCAGUAAGUGUUUCACACAACUAAGCAGUCUUCAUCAGCAUUAUGCCAUUCACACAGGAGUGAAGCGAUAUAAAUGUACUGAAUGCUGUAAGUGCUUCACACAUCUCACCAGUCUUCAGUCACAUCGUGCCACUCACACAGGCAUGAAACAACAUAAAUGUACGGAAUGCAGUAAGUCUUUCACAUGUGCCACUAGCCUAAAAAGGCAUCAAGCCAUUCAUACAGGAUUGAAACCAUAUAAAUGUACUGAAUGCAAUAAGUGUUUCACACAGCUAAAGUAUCUUCGACAGCAUUAUGCCAUUCACACAGGAUUGAAACCAUAUAAAUGUACUGAAUGCAAUAAGUGUUUCACAUGGCUAGGCAAUCUUCAACAGCAUUAUGCCAUUCACACAGGAUUGAAACCGUAUAAAUGUACUGAAUGCAGUAAGUGUUUCACACGGCUAGGCAAUCUUCGACAGCAUUAUACCAUUCACACAGGAUUGAAGCCAUAUAAAUGUACUGAAUGCUAUAAGUCUUUCCAGUGUGCCAGAGGCCUGAAAAAGCAUCAAGCCCAUUCACACAGGCUUGAAUUUGUUAAUUUUUGCUAUAUGAACAAUAACAUGGACCUCAGAGGUAUAUUGCAGGGGCUAGUAGCAGACAAGGACAAUUUGGAAGCCUUUGGCUUAAAUUUUGUUGAUUCUUGGAACCCCAACAUACAGGCAGGGGACACCAAAUAUAUUUGUGGCAAUUUGUUCCACAAAACAACUAAAAACAUGAGGGCCCUAAGAGCCAAUGCUUGGCACUUGAAGCUCUUUAAAGCUUACAAACUUAAAAAUAUAACCCCUCGGGGACUCAGAAUUCGAACUCAACCAUUAGUCAGUGUGGUUGAUGAACAACUAACUAAAGAUUGGGCUAAGACCCAACAUGAUGCAUCCAUGUUAUUUGUAGAUACAUUAGUAUCAUACUAUGAACAUAUGGUUGAGCAACAGACAACUGAGGUAUACAAUAAUUGCAUGAAAGCUCAAGCUUUUGAACAUCAGGAUUUUUAUCCUAAUCAUGUCAGGGAAUUAGCUAAAGAACUUGCUAAUUUGGAGACACAGUUACUUAAAAAGAAAACGCAGAAAUGUCAGCGUGAUCUGACCGAUUAUGAAAAGGGCAAACCAUUCAUGGUUCAGAGAAAUGUUAGAUUUUUUGAUACAUCCAGCAGAAUAAACCACAAAAAGAGGCCGAGAUCAAUAUUGAAGAAAAAUACUUUUUCCACUAGUAGUGUUACAGAUGAGGAUACAUCUUCAGCCACCGAUCCUGAAUGCCCUUCCAAUCAGGGGUCCCCAGUAGCUAAACGUAAACCCUCAGCAGACCCUUUAGACAUGGGAAAUGGAGGAGGGGGCAGGAAACAUAGGGGACGGGGCUUACAGUUUGCAACAGCUACUACAGAAGAUAGUCAAAUAAUUGAUAAUGUGCACAACAUAUCUUCCAUUGAAUUAUCCUCUGACCAAAAUAAAGUUCUUAACAAGGAUAGUGAUCUCUCUCAAGGUUCAUCUGGUUUUCAUUUUGGGAAAUCGACAUUUCAACCACCCAUGGAUAAGCAUGUGGCCAUAUUCAGGGAGUGUGUGCUCAAAGAUCUACACUUCUCACCCGGAUAUCAGCCUACUAAAUAUAAUUUGACCCCUUUGGAGCGUAAGGGGUUACAAGAACUAAGUUCCAAUCAUGACAUCAUCAUUUUGCCAGCAGACAAAGAGGGUGGUAUUGUGGUUAUGGAUCGGGUUAUGUAUAUUGACGAAGCCUAUAAACAGUUAUCUGAUGCUAGGUUUUAUAUGCAUAUGGUUAUAGACCCGACACCUAAUUUCAAAUCACUAAUUGACUCCUUCCUGGAUAUGGCCACUGAAGAAGGGAUCAUAGAUCAAUGUAUGAAGACUACAGACUGCACUGUGAAUUGCAGUCAACAGCCAACACUUGUGGCAUCACAGUUACAUGAUCCUACAAGGAACCUCCAGCAGAGGUCUCAGCCUGGAAAGGACAUUGACAAGGUUUAUCUCACUGAUGUACCACAGUUUCCAUCAGACCAUCUGUGCCACCAAACCCCUGAAUGUGACAAUGGAACGCCUGCAACAAGUCACCUGACAGAGCAUCUACAGGUGCGUACUCAGCCAGUGAAGGGGUAUGACAAGCUGUCUCUCACUCCUACUACAACACUUCACUCAGGACAUGGCUGCAGCAGGAACUCUGAAUGUGACACAACUGAGAGAUUUCAUGCAAAGAAAGAAAUGCACAAAUGUGCUGAAUUCAAUAAGUCUUUCGCACAUGCCAGUGACCUGAAACAGCAUCAAGCCAUUCACACAGGACUGAAACCAUAUAAAUGUACAGAAUGCAAUAAGUCUUUCAUAUAUGCCAAUAACCUGCAAAGUCAUCAAGCCAUUCACACAGGACUGAAACCAUAUAAAUGUACAGAAUGCAAUAAGUCUUUCACAUGUGCCAGGGGCCUGAAAAGGCAUCAAGCCAUUCACACAGGAUUGAAACCAUAUAAAUGUCCAGAAUGCAAUAAGUCUUUCAUAUAUGCCAGUAACCUGAAAAAUCAUCAAGCCAUUCACACAGGAUUGAAACCAUAUAAAUGUACAGAAUGCAAUAAGUCUUUCACAUAUGUCAGGGGCCUGAAAAGCCAUCAAACCAUUCACACAGGAUUGAAACCAUAUAAAUGUACAGAAUGCAAUAAGUCUUUCAUAGAUGCCAGUAGCCUGAAAAAUCAUCAAGCCAUUCACACAUGAUUGAAACCAUAUAAAUGUCCUGAAUGCUGUAAGUGCUUCACAUAUCUCAGCAAUCUUCAGGCACAUUGUGCCACUCACACAGGCAUAAAACCGCAUAAAUGUACAGAAUGCAAUAAGUCUUUCAUAUGUGCCAGUAACCUGAAAAGGCAUCAAGCCAUUCACACAGGAUUUACGCCAUAUAAAUGUACUGAAUGCAGUAAGUGUUUCACACAGUUAAGCAGUCUUCAACAGCAUUAUGCCAUUCACAUAGGAUUGAAACCAUAUAAAUGUACUGAAUGCAAUAAGUGUUUCACACAGCUAGGCAAUCUUCUGCAGAAUUAUGCCAUUCACACAGGAUUUAAGCCAUAUAAAUAUACUGAAUGCAAUAAGUGUUUCACACAGCUAAGCAGUCUUCGACAGCAUUGUGCCAUUCACAUAGGAUUGAAACCAUGUAAAUGUACUGAAUGUAAUAAGUGUUUCACACGGCUAGGCUAUCUUCAACAGCAUUAUACCAUUCACACAGGAGUGAAGCGAUAUAAAUGUACUGAAUGCAGUAAGUCUUUCAGACAGCUAGGCAAUCUUCGACAGCAUUAUGCCAUUCACACAGGAGUGAAGAGAUAUAAAAGUACUGAAUGCUGUAAGUGCUUCAAAUAUCUCAGCAAUCUUCAGCCACAUCGUGCCACUCACACAGGCAUGAAACCACAUAAAUGUACUGAAUGCAGUAAGUCUUUCAGACAGCAAGGCCAUCUUCGACAGCAUUAUGCCAUUCACACAGGAGUGAAGAGAUAUAAAUGUACUGAAUGUUGUAAGUGCUUCAAAUAUCUCAGCAGUCUUCAGGCACAUUGUGCCACUCACACAGGCAGGCAUUGGGGUCCUAAUGGAAAGAUGAAAAGUCAGUAAGCAAAGCAGAGUAGUAGUGCGAAAUCAAAUUCAUCCUCAAGUCUUGGUGAGUACCUUUGCAAGGUGGACCCUGUUUUCACAAAAUCUCACCAAG